AUGAAGAGGCAUGUGGAGGACCAGGAACCGAUACUUGUGCCCCAGCAACAGCAACCUCAUCGCACCCCAGUCCAGGGCAUUGCAGAAAGCUUCCAGCACAGGGCUCUCGCCCCAUCUGCUACUGUGAUAGAGGCAGCCACAGACAAUAUGCAGCCAUCUUCUGGUAUCCAGUAUUCUCUUCCCCAGGGAUACCAGGUGCCGACAAUGCCUCAUAGCACAAGUGGACUCAACAGUUCUGCGCAACAUGUUGGCUCCCUUGCACACAACAUAGCAGCAGUCCAAACCCCAGCCCCUGCAGUGGUCCAAGGUCACAUGCAUCCAGUUGCGCCAAUGAGUUCCGCGCAAGGACAGCAGCAGUUCCAGCGACUGAAGGUUGAAGAUGCCUUGUCGUAUCUCGAUCAAGUUAAGCUUCAGUUUGGAAAUCAACCUCAAGUGUAUAAUGAUUUCCUGGAUAUUAUGAAAGAGUUCAAGUCACAGAGCAUUGAUACUCCUGGUGUUAUCAGUCGAGUGUCGCAACUCUUCAAGGGCCACCCAGACCUCAUUAUGGGCUUUAAUACUUUCUUGCCGCCUGGGUAUAAAAUUGAGGUUCAAACAAAUGACUUGGUCAAUGUGACCACACCGGGCCAGAUUCACUACAUCACGCCUCAUGGUAUAUCUGUUCAAAACAUCCCAGUUAGUGGAGCACCCAGCCAACCUGUAAACCAGCAUCAGCACCAGAGUGUGUCACAGGCCAACACACAUUCUGCUGCGGUCACCCCACCUGUCCCCACCCAGCCUGCAGCAAAUAAAAUCAACAAGGCCAUGCAGUCUCCAGCCCACACACCCACCAGCCAGCCAAACCCAUCCAUACCAUCUUACGCUUCACCGCGCUCACCUUCAGUUCAGUCCCACGCACCAGUGAGCAGUACACCGUCUGGUGGGCCGCCUCCCCAGAACAAUCAGCCGGUGGAAUUCAACCACGCAAUCAAUUACGUGAACAAGAUAAAGAAUCGCUUCCAGGGUCAACCUGACAUAUACAAAGCCUUCCUGGAAAUCCUACAUACAUACCAGAAAGAGCAACGGAAUGCCAAAGAGGCAGGAGGCAAUUACACUCCAGCUCUGACUGAGCAAGAAGUCUACACUCAAGUUGCACGACUCUUCAAGAACCAGGAAGACCUGCUUUCAGAAUUUGGACAGUUCCUUCCUGAUGCAAACAGCUCAAUGCUGCUUGGCAAAACGGUGCCUGACAGGGCAGAGUCUGUGCGUAAUGAUCAUGGCGGGACGGUAAAAAGGCCCUUAAUGAACAACAAACAGAAAUUGAGCCCCAACGGACUGACUGUCAAAAGACCUGGAGCUGUGGGAGUUUCACCCCUUCUCAAGAAGAAACCCAAACUAGUCGGGAAGGACCAUGGCUUUAGUGAUGUUGGAAAACACAGCAACAGCACUGAAACUAUGUUCUUUGAGAAGGUCAAGAAAGCUCUUAGGAGCUCUGAAGCCUAUGAAAGCUUCUUGCGGUGUUUAUACAUCUUCAACCAGGAAGUAAUUUCACGUGCUGAAUUGGUUCAGUUAGUCAUCCCGUUUCUUGGAAAAUUCCCGGAACUCUUUACGUGGUUUAAAAACUUCCUGGGCUACCAAGAAUCGAGCCAUGCGGAGAGUUUACCCAAGGAGCGAGCAACAGAGGGCAUUGCCAUGGAGAUUGACUACGCAUCGUGCAAGAGGCUUGGCUCGAGCUACAGAGCGCUACCGAAGAGCUACCAGCAGCCUAAAUGCACAGGAAGGACGUCACUCUGUAGAGAGGUUCUGAAUGACACGUGGGUGUCGUUUCCAUCUUGGUCAGAGGAUUCGACUUUCGUCAGCUCUAAGAAGACUCAAUAUGAAGAGCACAUUUACAGAUGCGAGGAUGAGCGUUUUGAGCUUGACGUCGUUUUGGAGACCAAUCUGGCUACAAUUCGAGCCCUUGAGUCAGUCCAACAAAGGCUUUCGCGAAUGUCUGCGGAGGAACAGCUGCGCUUCAAGUUGGACAGCACAUUAGGCGGGUCCUCAGAGGUCAUUCAUCGAAAAGCUAUUCAGAGGAUAUAUGGGGACCGAGCCCUGGACAUCCUGGAAGGUCUAAAGAAGAACCCAACAGUGUGCAUCCCCAUAGUUCUAAAGAGGUUAAAAAUUAAAGAAGAAGAAUGGAGAGAGGCUCAGAGAGGCUUCAAUAAAAUUUGGCGGGAGCAGAAUGAAAAGUAUUAUCUUAAGUCACUCGAUCACCAAGGCAUCAAUUUCAAACAGAACGAUACCAAAGUGUUUCGCUCAAAGACCCUGCUCUCUGAAAUUGAGAUGUUAUAUGAUGAGCGGCAGGAGCGGGCCUCAGAGGAACUCGCCGCACCCCCUCCUAGCGGCCCACACAUUAACCUGGCCUAUGAAGAUAGUCAGAUCCUCGAAGACGCUGCAUCCCUCAUUAUUCACCACGUGAAGAGACAAGUGGGCAUCCAGAAAGAUGACAAGUACAAGAUCAAACAAAUCAUACACCAUUUCAUCCCCGAUCUCCUUUUCGCACAACGUGGUGAGCUGUCCGAUGUGGAGGACGAGGAGGAAACGGAGGAUAUGGACGCCGAUCAAGACGGAACCAAAAAACACAAUGGUCUACCGGGCAGCAGCCCUUCAAAGUCCAAGCUACUCUUUAGCAACACGUCAGCUCAGAAGUUGCGUGCCACGGAUGAGGCAUAUAACUUGUUCUUCGUCAACAACUACUGGUACAUCUUCAUGCGCCUUCAUCACAUCCUCUGCUCUCGUUUACUGCGAAUCUAUGGGCUGGCUGAGAAGCAGAUUGAGGAGGAGGCCCGUGAGAAAGAAUGGGAAAAAGAAAUGUUUGGUUCCCAAAAAGAAAAGAAUGAGAAUCCAGCCUUCCAACUUAAGAUGAGGGAGCCAAUGGAUGUUGAGGUCGAGGAUUACUAUUCUGUCUUUUUGGAAAUGGUGCGCAACCUUUUGGAUGGUAACAUGGACCCAACUCAAUAUGAGGAUUCCUUGAGGGAAAUGUUUACUAUCCAUGCCUACAUUGCCUUCACCAUGGACAAGCUCAUCCAGAGCAUGGUCCGGCAGCUCCAACACCUCGUCACUGAUGACUCAUCUGCGCGUGUGAUGGACUUGUACCUUAGUGAAAUUGCCAAUAAAGCCACGGGCGGUGCCCUGCCCACGCAGGCCUCCCGCGCCACAGCAGAGGGUACCUACCAGCGCAAAUCAGAGCAGCUCAUGGCAGAUGAGAACUGCUUCAAGUUGAUGUUUAUGAAGAACCAGAAUUCCAUUUGCGUCGCCAUGGAGCUGCUGGACACAGAAGAGGAGAACUCUGAUGAUCCUGCUGAGCGGUGGCCGGACUAUGUGGGCAGAUACCCGAACUCUGAUUCGACUUCUACAGAGCUGCGUGAGCAUUUGGCCCAGAAACCUGUGUUCCUGCCCAGGAACUUGAGAAGAAUAAGGAAGUUCCAGAGAGGAUGGGAACAGCUACAACAAGAGAGGAUGACUGCGGGCACCUCAAACGAGUUGCCAGGUGAUAAGAGCAAAUUGAAGAUGGAGUGCAUGUUCAAGCUCAACUCCUACAAGAUGGUGUAUGUCUGCAAGUCAGAGGACUUCAUGUACAGACACGCCGCACUUACACGUGCGCAUCAGUCCCACAAGCGAGUCCACAGACGCCUGCACAGACGUUUUCAGGCCCGGUUGGACAGCUGGGCUAAGGAGCACGUGACGAGCGACAUGGCCGCAGCCAGCCAGAGGUGGCUGAUGGGAGAAGGACAAGAAGGCCUGGUGCCCUGCACUACAACUAGCUACCCUGAGGUCCUGCAUUAUCUCAAUGUUAACAAGUACCGAGUCAAGUACAGAACACAGUAG